GUUGAAGGAGUUCAUAAUAGUAUUGACAUUGAGUGUCACACUCGUAAGGUGCUACUGUUCUUGUAUUGGAUGUUGUUUCAUGAUGCUGAAAAUGUGUAUGCAGUCGGGGGGGAUGUAGCAUAAACAGCUACCAGUUACUUUCUAGGUGUGUUGCCUAAUCUUGUUCCCUUGUGAUUGGCUGGCACUAUUGUACGUAGGAGGUCUAUAUGCCGUGUGUGAACUGGAAUGCUUCAGUAAAGUGGCAUGUUCUGUCCAUGGUGCCAAUCUUUCAUUUACAUUUAAUUUAAUUUAAUUUAAUCAUUUACAAGCACGCCAAAAAACAUAUUUAUGGUUAGCUAUGGUAGUGGAGACUAUGCCAAUAUGUUGGCUGAUAUAUGGUAGUAUAACUAUAAGUACAACAGCUAGCUAACUAAUGAGGCCCAGGAAUGACAAUACAUCCAUUGAAAGCCAUGGCAAUAAGUCAGCAAAAUAUUGAAAACAGGCAACUACAAAACACUUUCUUUCAAAUGUAUGCAGUGACAAACUGAAAAAGCUCUGUUGGGCUACGUUAUUCAUUUUGGAUGAUAGAGAUGAGGAAAAAGCUAUGACUCCUGUAAACACAAAAGCAUGUAACGGCUGAUAAUCUUAGAAUAUAAUACGAUUAGGAUAUAAGCAUCAUCUUAUUGCAAAAAGUGUGCAGCAAUAAUACUAUGAUAAAAACAUUAAGAAAGCGAAGGGAGAUGGCUUUAGCUCACUACCAACUCUGUUUACCUGGCACAGUUUCCCUGUAAUAAUACUGUAUUCAUCGUCUUCAAACCAUAUGUGCAUUUAUAACAGAAUGUACAAGAGUACACCAACAGAUAGCUCUCAUACCUACAUAAAAUAUAUUGAUUAACAAAAAUCAUUUGUGUUUUGGAGACACAAAGAAUUUGCAUUUAUGUGAUAAAUGUGUCCUUGCAGAGGAGAUGCUGACUGAUGUUGAGUGACUAUGGUAAUGGAAUUACCACUAUAGAGAUACCGAUAUAUGUUCAAUUCAAUUCAAUUUUAUUUAUAUAGCGGCCAAAACAAUACAAUUGCCUCAAGGCGCUUUACAGAGCCCAGUGCCUGCACCACCAUGUGCAUAGUUUGUUCAACAAAAUUCUCUCACUUUUUCCUGUGAACUGCUUUUACUCCCACGUCUGAUUCAUGCAUUUACAGUUAGUGACCCUCUGUUUCUGCUGAGCAAUCACACUUUCUUGGAGAAAUGCAUUUGUAGUUUGGUCAUUGCUUCCCUUUAAUGUGAAUGUUUGCAUUCAUUAGUCACAAAUUAUAGAUUAUGAACAUUACAGGAAAGAAUCAACAACUCAAAUCAGAUUGUGGAUAUUCCAAAGGAUGCAUUAGCACACACGCCCAACAAGCGGGAUAAUGGCAGGACAGGAGACACUUUAACAUGAUCACAGAGGUCAUCUGGUUCAUGCUCUCCUCUCAGUCCACUUUGAUUACCUUACUGCACAUAUAGUUCCAUACCCCACUCAACACACCCACCUGCACAACUAUUGGUCUGAAUUGCUGCUGCUACUGCCACUGAGGGCCUCAUUUACUAACAUUGCGACCGCAGCUUAAUCUGCGCCUUUGCAUUACCGCAAGGGAACUGGCUGCGAGAUCUGCAUCCACACUCUCCAGGCUGUAACAUUAGGAAUGUGGGUUGUAGGAAGUGUUUGAGUUUUUCUACUACAAUUUGUAUAAUGUGUAUAUAUAUACAUACAAAAUCUGUACAGUGUUUUGGAUAUCGUCAAGGCCUAAAUCAAAUUGUUUUUAUUGUGGGUUUUUAAUGUUCUGUGUUGCACUGUGGUCCUUGAAAACAUCAUUUCAUUCACUUCAUUCCCCUGUGACAACAUGUGUACAUGAAAAUGACAAUAAAGCUAAUAAACCUGAUCUCUUCUGAUUACCUAUGCUGUUGUGCCGUAGGGUUGCGCAGCUGGGGAAUGGACGAAUGCAAAAAUUUGAGCCCGGCUGCUAUUGGCCAGAUCCAGGCCUAUGACACGACGGUGCUGCUGCCCAUCCUCUACCUCGUGGCCUUCGUGGUGGGCCUCCCCUCCAACCUGGUGGCCCUGUGGGUGCUGCUCUUCCGCACCAAGAAGCAGCCAUCCACCAUCCUGCUCAUAAAUCUGACCACCUGCGACUGCUGGUGGUGCUGCCCUUCCGCAUCGCCGCAACGCCUGCCUACUACUAUCGGCAACAACUGGACGCUGGGCGAGCCCCUGUGUCGCCUGGUGAUAGCCGUCUUCUACGGGAACACGUACGGCUCGGUGCUGAGCCUGGCACUGAUCUCCUUCGACCGCUACCUGGCACUGGUGCACCCGAUCGGCGGGCGGGCGCUGCGUAGCUACCGCUUCUCCGUUUACAUGUGCAUAGCGGCAUGGGCGGUGGUCGUGGCCGCCAUGGCGCCCCUGCUGGCCACUCAACUGACCUACAGACCAACAAACCUCAACAUCACCACCUGCCACGAUGUGCUGCCCCUGGACAAACAGGACAGCUUCUUCCUGCCCUACUUCGCAAGCCUGUUCACCAUUUGCUAUCUGCUGCCACUGCUGGUGGUGGUGUUCUGCUACCGCUGCAUCCUGCACACGCUGGUCAAGUCUGGCCGGCGCUACAACCACGCCGUGCGCGUCACCGUGCUGACGAUAGUGGUGUUCCUGGUGUGUCUGUUGCCCAGCAACGUGCUACUGCUCUCCAACAUGGUGAGUGCAGAUAAGACGAGCGAGGACAACCUCUACGUCCCCUACAUGGUAAUGUUGGCACUCAGCACCUUCAACAGCUGCCUGGACCCCUUCAUCUUCUACUACGUGUCUGAGGACUCCCGGGAGAAGGCGCAGCAGAUGCUGUUCUACAGGAAGCCCAAGCUGCAUGCCACCUCCAGCAAGCAGGACACGGGCUCUACCUCUGGGUCAUCUCAGUCCAAGGUGAGGCUGCUGUCCACCUCGGGCCAGGUGAUAGUUAUUCCGGAGGCCACCACGUUGAAGGGGAAUAUGGCCUGA